AUGUCCCAUAAAAACCAACGAGCCCACUCCUCCUCCUCCACUUCCACCCCCUCUACCUCUACUCCCUCCGCCUCCACCUCUCCCCCCAAAAACUUUUCCGAAGCGUUCGAAGAUAAGAUCAGAAUAUUCGAAUCAGAAGUCGCACGUUCAGCCUUGGUCACCGCGAAAUUUCGCAAAAUUGACGAAUGUAGACCUGAAAUCAGCCCACCAUUUCUCAUCAUCUAUGAAACUUUAAUGCAAAUCCUGACUGCAGACUGGUUCGAAGAACAAGAAGAGCGUCUUAAGAUACGGGUACGCAAGGUUUUGAAGGAUACUCUGGGUUUGCAGGUAGCCACUGAUUGGGAUGGAGCGGAAGCUGCUAUGCACAAAUAUAAUCUUAGGCCAUUUUUGGAUUAG